CAAAGCAGUAGAAAUACGUACAUAUAUUAUUUAACGUUACAGUCAGAGAGGAUCUGCCUGUAGAAUAAUUGCAAAGGGACUUGUUGUAUGAUACAAAAGGAAAUUUGACAUUUACAGCCCAACAUGUUUGAUUUAGGAUUGCAAACAUUUUGUACAUCUGUGGUUUUGACAAUUGUCAAAAUUAAGCAUACUGCAGCAUUUCAAUAUGGAUGUGGAACGUCAUUUGAACGAGACAUGGUGUACGAUAGCACUGUUCCGAACGAUGAAUAUUUCUACAUUAACUCUUUCACUGGACUCGAUAUAAUCAGAUGUUUUUCGAUCUGCCACCGUGAGCGCCCCAAUUGUGUAGGACUUUUGUACAAUGGAGAGCAAAUGAAAUGCAAAUUGCUACAGCGCAACCUGAAUGAGACCAAUAAGGACGUCAAUGCCACAAAGGAUGAGUGGGAAUAUUUUCGCAAAAUUCGAAGAACGGGAGAAUGUUGUGAGGAUGACUGGACUCCGUAUAUAAAUCAUUGCUACCGUUACAGCAACACCAAACUUUCCUGGGACGACGCCAAGACUACAUGUGAAGAUUAAAACGCAUACCUUGUUCAGUUGGAGACGGAGGAGGAAACUUCUUGGCUAUUGACAACUAUGUUAC